GUUGUCUACUUAGUGCCAACCUCCCUGACACUACUGGUCAGCAUUAACCCUUCGAUAACAGAUAAUGGUGUUUGGAGGAGUGUCUGUGGCCUUCACUCUGCUGGCUGUAUUGUUGGUACCAUUGCCUUGACUUGCUCUUUGUUUGCCUAUGCUCAAGGAAACAUUUUGCAUGAAGAGGAAGGCAGAGAGUUGUUUGGUCUUGUGAUUAUUACAGUAUGGAUGAGUCUUUGUCGCAGUUCAGCCAAGAGUCCGCUGAGUGGAAUUCGCUUGAUUGCUGCAGUCGUGGUCGCCCUCUUCCCCUUUGUUUUGUGGCUGUACAUUUAUGUGAACAAGGAGAUGCGAGCAUCUUGGCCAACGCACUGUAAAACGGUGAUUUAA